UACACAACUAUUUUUAUCAGCAAAAAGCCACAGUUAAGGGGAUAUUCAUGGCUUCAGAAAGUGGCUUUCCGGCAAGUUUUUAUGGGGAACCAGGUGUCCUUGGGCUCCUGGCCAAUGGAAUCAGUGCUUUCCUUGUGCUACUGCAGAACUUCCAUGGGGCCAGGACUGGUGUUCCUGCAGAAGGAGUGGAGAAUAUAUUAGCAGGUGUCCAUCUCAUUCUAAUUGGUGGGCUGUGUCAGCUUGUGGCAGGCUUGUUGUCCUUCCGAAAAUAUGACCAUCUAAGUGGAACGUCAUUUGUAGGAUAUGCAGCACUGUGGGCAAGCUAUGGGGCCACAAGAAUUUAUCUAGGUGCUAACCAACAAAGUCCAAUCCCAUUUAAUGAAUCAUCAAUGGCAAAUAGUACAUUUGUAGAUAUGAACACUAACACAGGCAGUAUCAAUACAACUGACAUUCCAUUGUACAUCAAGGAGUCUGCCAUCGCUGGGCUGGUUCCUUACAUCCUGCUUUCCUUCCUUCUGGCCUUCUGUUCAGCAACAGUAAACUAUAUAAUGCCCUUUGUGUUUGGUGCCAUCACUCUCACGCUCAUAUUUGAAGCUGUGGGUCUAGUAGCAGGGUGGGCAUUAGUGGUCUCUGGGAUUCUGGAGCUCCUAAUUUUGCUCUUUGCCAUAUAUGGCUCAUCAGCGCUGCUAAUCAAAGGACUGACCCAACGUUAUGUGCUAAAGGGUUUUGGAAACCCUCUCUUUAACGUGCUGCUUCUAGGAACCACUAAUGCCAGCAGCUCCCAAAGCCUAGGUCAAGAGAAAAAGAAGAAUACAAAAUAUGCUGAACCAAUGGCUUUGGGAUUCUUCUGUGACACAGUCUCACCAUUUAUUUUUGCCUUCUACGCCUUCCAUUACUUCCCAUCAAACUCAGUAGCUGCUAUCUGGAUAACCAUAAAUUCUGCUGCUCAACUUUUAUCCAGCUAUUAUGCCUAUCUGCGUCAAGACUGCUACCAUGCUACCAAAUUUGGCUUACACUGCAUGUUUUGGUUGGUGAAGACCUGGGAAGAAUAUGUGGUGUCUACAACCACUGGCCAAAUCGAAGCUGAUAAAGUAAGGCCUGCCAUGGUUGGCAACUGGUUCUUCUUGUCUGCUGCCUUGGUUUUCUGCAUCGCGAGUCUAAACAAAGACACACUUGAGCUAAUCCACAAUUCCUUUUUUGCCCUGGUGACAAUAUCAACCAUAUCCCAGAUUCCAAUCAAACAAUACUACAUGUUUUUUGGAGUGGCCUGCUCUCUCUUUACUCUCCUGUCCUUCUAUGGCACCUUUGCACGCCUCAUCAAUACCAUUGCUGAGAAGUCCUUAAUUCCAGUUGGACCCCAGCCUGUCUCCAAUGAAUCCCUGCAGAAGCAUCUUAGUUACCUCAAGAAAUCUAAACUGAUUGAUCCUGAGGGUAAAGGUGCACAGAUCCCCGAUGCUUUAUUCUAUCUCUGCAAUGGGCUGGCUGCACUCUCAGCCAUUCACAACAAUCAGUCCAACCUGGCCUUUUUCGACCUAACUGUUCCUUGGGUACUCAUCCCAGGAGCCAUAAUGCAGGCCUACAUCAGUCGACUACAAGUACAAGGUGGCCAGAAAUUUGGCUCUGUUGUUCCCUCCUUCUAUGUGGCUAUUUGGGCAACUUGGUGCUGGUUUCGGUUUGCAGGACAUCGCUUGCAAAUAUCCACAGAGUCAGCAUACGGAUUUGCUGCUGGUGCUAUAGCAUUCCUGGUCAUCAAUGCUUUCUUGAUUCUAGUUGCUGCCUAUGGCAAUCUUGUUAACUUGGCAUUGACCACUGUGAUGGAGGUCAUCAUAGUUUGUUUUCUCCUCUCUACUCUUGGAAGGCUUCCUUAUCAACUAGAAGUUGCCAUGCUAGCAAUUUUUGCCAUCAUAUGUUUAUAUGGAAUGCUAGCAUCACUUGUGAAUGGUAUGUUCUCCAAGACUCUGAUACCAGUUGGACCUGCCCUUAUCAAGGACAAGAAAAAGAACAAAUCCGAGACUACGUAUCCAUGUUUAAUUGCUAAUUCCCGGGAAACCAGUGGACUCCUUAAGAUUGCAAAUCUGUUAGAAAACAAUGGAGUGUGUGGUAUCCCUACAGACACUGUCUACGCCUUGGCUGCUUCAUGCAAAAACCCCAGUGCAAUUGAGAAGAUCUACACUAUCAAAGACCGUCCUGCAGAGAAGCCAAUAUGUAUCUGUAUCUCAAGUGUGGAGCAGCUAGUAGCAGCUAAACCUCCCUUCAGCCCUCUGCUGUGGGAGUUCAUGAGGAAUGUCUAUCCAGGAGGAAUUAGCUGCAUUGUUCCAAAGGGGGAUUGGCUCCUCAAACUCGGUGUGGGUCCUGCGUAUGACCGUGUGGGGACUAGAGAAAGCAUUAUGAUCAGAGUUCCUGACCACACUGCUACUGCUCACUUGUGUGAAUUCACUGGUCCACUGGCCAUUACAUCUGCCAACCCCAGUGGAGAAGCAGACAGUACUCACCAUGAUAUGGUCAUCGAUCGUCUUGGCCACAAGAUUGAAGGAGUCCUCUGUGAUGGAGAAUCUAAUGAGGUGGUGGCAUCAACUGUAGUGAACUGCCUGAAAAUAGAUGAAGGAGCUAUCAGUAUUCUUCGUGAAGGUUGUGUGCCUGCAUUGAAAGUGAGGCAAAUCUUUGAACGAGUGAAAAACAACAUGCUUUAGGUUUACUGUCAUCAGAUUUGACAGCACCUCUUGUUUCUUUGGUUAAUGGAAGGAUGUUUAGAUUGUGUAUGAAGAACACUUGACAUGUAAAUACAUACAUUUUGGAUCUUGCUUCACUGCAUUAUUAUUAUUUUGAGCAAGAAUCCACAUAUUGAAGUGGACAUUAUUCAAGUUCAAAUUAAGUGAGCACUAGCUAUCUUACUGUAGGUCAUUGUGGAAUUUUUUUUUUAUUAUUGUAUGAAGGUUUUAAAAGAUGUAAUAUUAAAGAGUUUUAUUAUUAUUAAUGUAUUGUUAUUUAUGGAUUAUUUCAAUGGUACAUGCCUUUGCUGAUUAAAUGUAAAUAUACUGAAAAGCUUGUCAGUGGAAACAAGAAGAAAUGUGGAUUUAAAUUAUGUUUGCAUAUGCUUAUGUAUUAUAACAUAAGAAAUCAUGACAUGUAUGAUAAAUUUC